GUUUUUUCGUCGACUCCACCUUCUUCGCUUUUUCUGCCGGGUCCAUCUCUUGCCAGUGAAAGGAUGCUCUUCUCCAGAGGAAUCGCUCGCGUCAGCCAGAAGGCUGCCUUCUUCAACGCUCGCACCUAUGCCUCCCAGGCUUUCGCCGUCGGCAAGGUCCGCUCCGUCAUCGGUGCCGUUGUUGACGUCCAGUUCGAGUCGGGCAACCUUCCUCCCAUCCUGAACGCCCUCGAGGUUCAGGACCAUGACAUCCGUCUCGUCCUCGAAGUCGCUCAGCAUCUCGGCGAGAACACUGUCCGCACCAUUGCCAUGGAUGGUACUGAGGGUCUGAUCCGUGGCCAGAAGGUCCUCGACACUGGCUUCCCCAUCCGUGUCCCUGCUGGUCCCGAGUGCCUCGGCCGUAUCAUCAACGUCAUCGGCGAGCCCAUCGAUGAGCGCGGCCCCAUCAACACCAAGCAGCGCCUGCCCAUCCACGCUGACCCCCCGGAGUUCACUGACCAGUCCACCGUCCCCGAGCUUCUCGAGACCGGCAUCAAGGUCGUCGAUCUCCUUGCUCCCUACGCCCGUGGUGGAAAGAUUGGUCUCUUCGGUGGUGCCGGUGUCGGCAAGACUGUGCUCAUCACUGAGCUCAUCAACAACGUCGCCAAGGGCCACGGUGGUUUCUCCGUCUUCUGCGGUGUCGGUGAGCGUACCCGUGAGGGCAACGAUCUGUACCACGAAAUGAUCACCUCCGGUGUCAUCAACCUCCAGGGUGGCUCCAAGGCCGCUCUCGUAUACGGCCAGAUGAACGAGCCCCCUGGAGCUCGUGCCCGUGUUGCCCUCACCGGCCUCACCAUUGCCGAGUACUUCCGUGACCACGAGGGCCAGGAUGUGCUGCUCUUCAUCGACAACAUUUUCCGCUUCACCCAGGCCGGUUCCGAAGUGUCUGCCCUGCUCGGUCGUAUCCCCUCCGCUGUCGGUUACCAGCCCACCCUUGCCACCGAUAUGGGUGUCAUGCAGGAGCGUAUCACCACCACCAAGAAGGGCUCCAUCACCUCGGUACAGGCUAUCUACGUCCCUGCCGAUGAUUUGACCGAUCCCGCCCCCGCCACUACCUUUGCCCACUUGGACGCCACCACUGUCUUGUCCCGUUCCAUUGCUGAGCUCGGUAUCUACCCCGCCGUCGAUCCCUUGGACUCCAAGUCCCGUAUCCUCGACCCCCGUAUUGUCGGCAACGAGCACUACGAGGUCGCCACUGGUGUCCAGAAGAUCCUCCAGAACUACAAGUCGCUCCAGGAUAUCAUUGCCAUUCUUGGUAUGGAUGAGCUUUCCGAGGAGGACAAGCUCAUUGUCGAGCGUGCCCGUAAGAUCCAGAAGUUCAUGUCCCAGCCCUUCACCACUGCCCAAGUCUUCACUGGCUACGAGGGUCGCUACGUCAAGCUCAUUGACACCAUCCGCUCCUUCAAGGAGAUCCUCGAGGGCAAGCACGAUGCCAUUCCCGAGGCUGCCUUCUUCAUGGUUGGUGACAUCGACGAAGUUGGUCGCAAGGCUGAGGAAAUCGCCAAGAGUCUCGCUUAAACCUAAUAAUUCCAGGCCCUUCAGAGUUUUCGCUUAGAAUUCCGGAUGGUUGUACAGUUUUUUUAGGUUCCUGCAUGUGUAAUAUCAGUGCAUGCCUGGUGCCAUUUUCAGAUCAAUUCCAAUACAUUUGUGCACAAGACUCUGGUGGCCUCUGCUGUCCUCAUCCGAA